CGGGGAGCGGCGGGGGCCGCGGCUGGCUGCAGCGGCGGGCGCGGAGCCCAGAGCGGGCGCGGCGGAGCAUCCUCGGGCACCGCGGCCCCGGUGCGGGCCGCCUCCCCCGCAGCUCCCGGCCUCAUAUGGGCGGUGCCGGCGCCCCGGCCCCCGCACGCCCGUCCCGCUCGGCGUUAGCAUGGGCACGGUGCUCUCCCUCUCCCCCGCCGCCUCCUCGGGCAAGGGCGGCGGCGGCGGGGGGCUGCUGGCCGAGAAGGCGCCGGGAAGGGUGCCGGGCAAGGGCGAGAGCCGGCUGAAGCGCCCCGGCGUGCUCAUCUCGGCGCUAACCUGGAAGCGGUUGGUGGCCGCCUCGGCCAAGAAGAAGAAAAGCACCAAGAAGGUGACGCCGAAGCCCGGCGGCGGGGCCCCGGGGGGGCCCCCGGGCCAGCCCGACCCGCUGGUGGUGCAGCGCAACCGCGAGAACUUGCGCAAGUCGGUGGUGGGGCCGGCCGACGGUGCCAAGCAGGGCCCACUGGCCGUGCCGGUGCCCACGGUGCCCUCGGCGCCGCAGGAGCUGCACCCGGGCUCCGGCGGGGGAAAGCCGCCGCCGCCGCCGCCGCCGGCCGGCAACCGCCCCCCGGGAUCUCCGCGCCGCGUGGUGGUGCAGGCGUCCACCGGCGAGCUGCUGCGCUGCCUGGGGGACUUCGUGUGCCGCCGCUGCUACCGCCUGAAGGAGCUGAGCCCCGGCGAACUCAUCUCAUGGUUUCGCAGCGUGGACCGCUCGCUGCUGCUGCAGGGCUGGCAGGACCAGGGCUUCAUCACCCCGGCCAACCUGGUGUUCGUCUACCUGCUGUGCCGGGAAGCGCUGCGGGGCGAAGACAUCGGGAGCCAGGCCGAGCUGCAGGCCGCCUUCCUCACCUGCCUCUAUCUCGCCUACUCCUACAUGGGCAACGAGAUCUCCUACCCGCUCAAGCCCUUCCUGGUGGAGGGAGACAAGGGGCGCUUCUGGGAGCGCUGCCUGGGCAUCAUCCAGCGCCUCAGCGCCAAGAUGCUGCGAAUCAACGCGGACCCGCACUACUUCACGCAACUCUUCCAGGACCUCAAGAGCGAGGGCGAGGGCGGAGACGGGUCCAAGCACUGGACGAUCAGCCUGGACCGUUAGGGAGGUACCAGGCCCCCGGCGCCGGGGGCGGAAGGGGCCGCGCACCGAGGGGCGGGGGAGGCGAAGGACUGUCGGAUUCCCCCCCCUGCCCCCGCAUCCUCCUCGCCUUCCCCCUUCCCCGGCCGUCAGUUCCACGGAGACGCUGCUCGGACCCUCCCUGCUCCGGAUCCGGCUGGCCUCCUCCCCCGCCCCCGACCCCAGCUGGGGGCUGCGCUCCGGAGCACCGAGGCGGCGGCGAAGACCGGGGAGGGGGAGCGGCGCCCCUCCCACCUCCGCCAAGGGGGGGAGGGGGAGGCUGCGGACGAGCGGAGCCUCCCGGAUGCGUUUUCUCUAGAAAAAAGGGGUGAAAAAAUGGAUGUGGGGACCGGGGGCAGGAGGGCCCGGGGGGGAUUUUGGGGUGCGGCGGGUGCCCCAGGUAGAGGGUGCAUGCGAACGGGUCCCUCGGCGCGGGCAGGGCCGCCCCGCGCCUCCGCAGCGCUCCCGGUGCUGUCCGUGGUGCUGGAGCUGCCGCGCCUGAGCAGACAAAGGCGGGGAUUGCGGGCAGGGCUGGGGGGGUUCCGUGGGCGAUGCCUUCCCCCCCCUCCCCGCCCACGUGUGGUUUAUGGGCCCCCUCCCCCAGCAUGGGCGACUCUGCCCCUCACCCCGCGGCAGCCGCCCGCAUACCCCUUUGUUCGAGCCGCUGGGGGGGCGGGGUGCCCACGCCCCUCCCCUCGGGAAAAUUCCCCCCCCGUGUGCCCCCCCGAAAUAAGGGGGGAUGCCUCCCCCUCCUUGGCUUGCUGCGGGAAGAGGGGUCUGUGCCAGAGGAGGCCUAGGGUGCCCAAACGGAGGGGCCUGCUGUGGGAGGGGUGGUUUCCUCUCCUCUUGCUUUGCUUCACUGGAGAAUAAAGAGGUGGCCUGGAUGGGCCUGGCGGUGGCUCCUGGACUUGCUGGGCUGUGGGGUGCAAGGGCAAUUGGGGUGACGCCCCAAGCUGCUGCUCAUGACCCACUCCUCCCCAAGAGGGAUGGGGGGACCCUGGUUCCCAAAGGGGGUUUACUCCCUGGUGUGAGUCGGGGGUCAAAUUUUCACCCCUCUUUGUGCCCAAGGCCAGUCCUGGUCCAGCUGAGUGUCUCCUGGACCCUUGUGAGCUCUCCUGGCCUCCUCCAUUCGAGAUGGAAAUUCCUGAUGCCUGUCUGCCACACUGAAUUUAAACAGGAUGCCACAGGUUAUGUGACCUCCAUUUUUUUUUUUUUAAUUUAGUUAUAUUUUUCCUGAAGCUAUGCCCUCCCUCACCUCACUCCUCCCUACCUCUGCUCUGCAGAGCUGGGCUCCCUUUUCCUGGCAGCAGCAGGCUGUGGGAGCUGUGCUGCUAUCCCUGUUACCAGCCCUGUGCUUCUGCAGACCUCCAGGGAGAGCGGUGGAGCAUGGGAAAGCUUUGCCUUUUUUAAAACUGGUUGCUACGCUUCAGAGUGCUGAAUUUUCCAGGACUUCUUCAGCAGAAGCUGCCACACAUGCUCUCUGGUUGUGGUCUGCACGCAGGGCUUCACAGCCCCUCUGAGCCAGGCAUUUGGGCUCCCCUCCGCUGGGAAGAGCUGUGCUGGCUCUGCAGGUCAUGGAGGGUAAGCUGGAUUCUCUCUACCUUUGUGUACAUCAGCAGAGCUGCUAAUUAGGCC